GAAUUAACCCAUGGCAGCAUAUCCCAAAUCAUGUGUUGUUGUGAUUUUGACAUGUUUUUUGAUGGGUUUUUCUCAUGGAAUUCAUCUGGAUAAAAAUACGAUCGUUGCGUUUUUAGCUAGUGGUGUUGGUAGUGGUAGUGUUUCUGCAAUGCCAUGCGUGCAAAAACUAAUGCCAUGUCAACCAGCAUUGGCAGCACAUAUGAAAAAUCCUCCAGCAACAUGCUGUAUGCCAUUGAAAGAAAUGAUAUCAAAUGAUGCACAAUGCCUUUGCACUGUGUUUGGUAAUUCUGAUGUCAUGAAAAGUAUGAAUGUAACUCAAGAUGAAGCUUUAAAUUUUGCAAAAGCUUGUGGUGCUAAACCUGAUCUUUCCCUUUGCAAAAAAGGUACCCUCUUAUUCUAUGAAUUUAAUUGAAUCCAUUACAUCUAAUUCA